AUGAAUUCUUCAAGAGAUUAUGUAGUCGAUUAAUCCCUAUGUUUUUUAAUGUAAUUAAUUAAUUAAAAUUUUUAAGUUGUAUUGCCUUCUUGUGGCAUAUUUAUAGUUGGAGAAAAAUUAAAAGAAAAAAAUAGAAAAUUGAUUAAGUUUUAAGAGUAACUGAAAAAUAUUUGUGCUAGCAAAUGAAAAUAUCAAUAAUUAAUAGUUUAUUUAAUGAGAAAAAUUUUAAUCAUUAAAAUGAAUUCUUCUUAAAGGAUUUUUAAGAAAAAGAGGUCCAAAAAUUUAUAGGAACUUUGAUAAAACAUUCAUUAGUUUUGAAAAAAUUUGUAAAUGAGGAUCUUAAACAUCAUUUGAAAUUACUCAUUUAAAAAUAAAACUAAUAAUUAUAGAGAAUAGUGAAUGAAAACAAAUAUAAAUUAGUAACUAACUAUAAUUUAUCAACAAAAUUGUUUAGAAAUGUUUUCUCAUAAUAAAGAUUUUUGAAGUUUGUUAUCCACUGCUAACACAUAUUCUAGAUUUAUCAUUAACAGAAAUGA